AUGGCAGACUCGGGUUAUCAAUCAAAUCUCAGCCUGGUGCGGCAAUUCUUGGACGAGUUCCGUUCGGUUAUGAGGCAGGAGACUCCAGGUCUCAUCCCACGCCUGGCCUUCAACUAUGUUCGCGCCUUUCUGAGUUUGCUCUGCCAGUAUCCCAACAAAAAGUUGGCUAGUUUGUCCCUGUACCGAUACAUCAACUUGUUCAUCAUGUGCAAUGUGAUGAACGCCUUCUGGACCAUGGUUUUGGCUUUGCCAGAGUCGAAGAACGUGAUCGAAAUGGGCGACGACUUGGUGUGGAUUUCGGGGAUGGGUCUGGUUUUCACCAAGAUACUCUACAUGCACUUACGCUGCAAUGAGAUCGAUGAACUUAUUUACGAUUUUGACUACUACAAUCGGGAACUGAGGCCUCACCAUGAUGAUGAGGAGGUGCUGGGCUGGCAGAGGCUGUGUUACCUCAUCGAAUCGGGUCUAUAUAUCAACUGUUUUUGUCUGGUCAACUUCUUUAGCGCUGCUAUUUUUCUGCAACCCUUGUUGGGCGAGGGAAAGCUUCCCUUUCACUCGAUUUGGCCCUUUCAAUGGCAUCGCAUGGACCUGCAUCCCUAUAUGUUUUGGUUCCUCUACCUCUGGCUAAGUGUGACCUCGCAGCACAACCUGAUGAGCAUCCUGAUGGUAGACAUGGUGGGUAUUUCCACGUUCCUUCAAACGGCUCUCAAUCUCAAGUUGCUCUGCAUUGAGAUGAGGAAACUUGGCGAGAUGAGGGUCUCCGAUGCGCGUUUCCACGAGGAGUUUUGUCGGGUGGUUCGCUUCCACCAGCACAUCAUCAAGCUGGUGGAGAAAGCCAAUAGAGCUUUCAAUGGCGCCUUCAACGCCCAGUUAAUGGCCAGUUUUUCACUGAUUUCCAUAUCCACUUUCGAGACCAUGGCUGCAGCUGCCGUUGAUCCGAAAAUGGCCGCCAAAUUUGUGCUCCUCAUGAUGGUGGCGUUUAUCCAAUUGUCACUGUGGUGCAUCUCGGGCACUUUGGUCUAUACACAGUCUUUAGAGGUGGCACAGGCUGCUUUCGAUAUAAACGACUGGCACACCAAGGCCCCAUUCAUUCAGAGGGAUAUUUCCUUUGUGAUCUUGAGAGCCCAGAAGCCGCUGAUGUAUGUGGCUGAACCGUUUUUGCCCUUCACGCUGGGAACCUAUAUGCUUGUACUGAAGAACUGCUAUCGCUUGCUGGCCCUGAUGCAGGAAUCAAUGUAG